AUGGAAGGGGUUUGCUUUCAGUCCUUACAUGGGAAUCCAAUUAUGCAACUGAUCUCAUUGCUAGUAAUAGUUCUAGAGCUAGUGUUUGUAUUAGCUGUUAGUACAUCAUCAACAACAGCAGUAGGAGAUGAUCAUCAAGCCCUCUUGCCUCAAGCCCUGCCUGGCUGCUCUGACCACUGUGGCAACCAUGGGAGUUUCUGGGAGUUUCUCUUGUCUUCCAUGUUUCUUCGGCAUGAAAGGGACAAGUUGCAAUCACAUGCCAAAGAGUACGACUCCCAUGUAUCUCAUUAUUGUUACUAUUAUAGAUCUGCAUCGUCCCUAUGCUGGGGAAUGAAGCAACGAAAGUACAUCAAGUUCAAAGAAAAGUACUCUGAAGAAAAUGGUGGUUUCUUGUUACAACAUAAGCUUGCUAGUCAUCAUUGGGUUGAGACAACCAGGAUCUUUACUGCAGAAGAGCUGGAAAAAGCCACAAACAAUUAUCAUGACAGUAGAGUCCUUGGGAAAGGAUCUUAUGGAAUAGUGCACAAAGGAAUUAUUGAAAUUUUGGAUCUGCCCGUUGGGUCCCACUCUAACAACACCGAUACUGUCCCCACUUUACUACCUGCCCAAUCCGUCAGAAUUGCUGCCCCAACCCAAACCGAGCAGUUUGUUAAUGAGUUGGUUGUUCUUUCUCAAAUCAACCAUAGAAAUGUGGUGAGGCUAUUAGGUUGUUGUUUAGAGUCAGAAGUGCCUUUACUAGUUUACGAGUUUAUCAACAACGGCACCCUUUUUGAGCACAUUCAUGGUGAGAGGAGCAGAGGAUCAUCGCUUGUGUGGGAAUUGCGAUUGAAGAUUGCAGCAGAAACUGCAGGAGCACUAGCAUACUUACACUCAUCCAAUUUUACGCAAAUCAUACACCGAGAUGUUAAAGCUGUGAAUAUAUUAUUAGAUGACAAUUACACGACAAAAGUGUCAGACUUUGGAGCUUCAGUAUUGAUUCCUCUACAUCAAACUCAAGUAGUAACUUUGGUGCAAGGGACACUUGGAUACUUAGACCCUGAGUAUCUCCACUCGAACCAACUAACAGAGAAGAGUAAUGUUUAUAGCUUCGGAGUUGUCCUUGUAGAGCCGUUGACAAGCAAAGUGGCAAUUUCUUAUGAUAGGCCUGAGGCAGAGAGAAGUCUAGCAAGACUGUUUGUUAGUGCAAUGGAAGAAGAUCGCUUGGAACGUAUUCUUGAUUGUCGCAUAGUCAACGAACAGAAUAUUGGGACAGUAAGAAAUGUGGCACGUCUAGCGAAAAGAUGUUUAAGGUUAAAAGGGGAGGAAAGGCCGACCAUGAAAGACGUAGCUAUGGAGCUUGAGGGAAUGAGAAUAGCGACAAACGGGGAAGUAAUGUUGAUUUGCGUUCAGAAGAUCAGACUUCGCUCUUGUCGUGGCCACCUUCAGACACUUCUGUUGCUGACGUUAGAGAUGAUUGUGGUUCUAGUGGCACAACUUCUGGUACAACUAGCAGUGUCGUUGAUUAAUGGUCUAGCUUGCAAAGGAUCCAAAGUCAGCUGA